AUGCCCCGUGUCGUUAAGGGCAAACCCUUGGCGGUAGUCGGGUUCACAUCACCGCAGGCCCACUCGUAUGUGUGGGAGCUUGAGGCAAACGUUGGCGGCCGAUGUGAGCUCGCCAUCCCCGACGGAGCGGUCGCUGGUUCAGUCUUUGCGUUAACCCACGGUGAAAGCCUGGACCCUGCCACGGGCCAGGUCAUUCAGUCUCCAGCCACGCCGGAUCGACACACCAAUCAACGCAUUGUCGAGGCUACCCGUUACACAGCGGGCGGCCAUACUGGGGAGACCUUCCGACCUCACUUGGUGUACUACGGCUUCAAGUACGUGCAGGUCAACACGGCUGCGAGCGGACUGACGACAAGCAGCCUACGAUGUUGGCCCGUGCACACCAAUCUGAGCACCAUCGCCACCUUGGAUGUACAGGCCAGCGAUGCGGCGGAAACCGAGGCAGCGCAGUCCGUCUACGCGGCCAUGGUUCGGACGGCACUGUCCAACUUUCACGACGUUCCCACUGAUUGUCCCACUCGCGAAAAGCGUGGAUGGACCGGAGACAUGAGUGCCGCCCACCAGGCCUUGCUGCAUACUUUUGACAUGGCACAGGUCUACCCCAAGUGGCUCACGGACGUGGCGGACGCACAGGCUCAUCAUGGCUUACCACAAGGCUGGUACGAUCGCGUGGAUGUGGGCACCGCACUGCUGAACAACGUGUUGGCCUAUGUGGAUCACCUCGAAUCCUAUGCCACACCGUUGCCCACACCAUACCCCAAUGUCUCCACUCUCCGAGCCAAUUAUCCCGGGAGUCGCUAUGGAGAUUGGUGCGCAUAUCCCGAGUUAAACAAUGGAGUUCAUGCUUAUGUGAGCAGCAUGGGCAACAGCUUCUUUCACCUUGAGACCUUGUCGGCAGCGGCCGAGUUGGCGGCGUGGGCAAACCAUUCGCGAGCCUCCGCACUUUCGACUCGAGCCGCAGAGCUGCACGCCGCUUUUCAUGCCACCUACUUCAACGCAACCUUGAAUGCAUACAUGGACCCUUUCUGGAACAACAGCAACUUUAUUAAUCAACCCAAUGGGCGGCUGCCCGUGCAGACAGCGCAGACGUUGGGCAUAGCAGCACGACCACCGCGAGAUCAAGGAUUGGCCGCCUUGCAGGCUUUGGUCAACGAUAUUGAAGCGUUUCAGUAUCGACCCACCGGAGGGGUUGUUGGGACGUCUCGACUGUUUCAAGCUCUGGGCUGGGGGAAUCGCAGUGAUGUGGCCUGGGAGCUUUUGGUGAAUCGCGCACCGCCCUCUUGGGCCAACAUGAGUUUGACGACGGGUUCGUUAUGGGAAAAUUGGGAUGGGAGUGGCAGUCGUAACCACAUUAUGUUUGGCGGGUUUGGCGCUUGGUACAUCCAGUCUCUGGCUGGGCUGCAGCAAGCGCCGGGGGACAGAGGAUGGCAGCGCUGCCGCGUGGCAGCAGCCUAUUUGACCAAAGUGACUAGUGUCAACGCAACGCUGCUCGUACCAACGGGUGUAUUCCGCUCGCAGUGGACUGCCACGGCGCCAGGUACCGUGAUGCAUACAGUUGCAGUUCCAUCAGGUGCGACUGCCGACCUGGAGCUGAGCCUGGCGCAACGUGGGCAACGUGUGGUGCAAGUAUGGCUCGGCACGACCUGCGUGUGGUGCAAUGAAACGUUUGUGCCUGCUGGGGGCCUGGUCAACGGCUGGCGCGACCUCUUUGGAACCGUCACGCUUUCCACCCAGCCCAGCUUCAAGGGCACCCUCCGCAUUUCAUCCACCAUCACGGCCUGA